GUAAUUUAAUUUUCACUCGCAAUUGCAACUUUUCAUUAAUCACAUUGAUGCUCUGUUAGUCAGCCUCUCUCUCAAGGGGCUGUUCCCCGGUCAACGGACAUGCUCAGCGAUGUUUCUUGUGCUGACGAAUGCAGGCAAACUGACGUAGGAAACGUAUCCGUGCCGAGGUCGAACCGUUACGAUGUGUUAUGGACAGAUGACUUUCGGCCUCUCGCCAAGCAAUCGGUCAACUCUCGUGGAAAUUACAAAGGAGUUGUUCAAGUCAUGGUGCCCCUUUCGGGGAGUGCUAGGAAUAGUUUGGCAUUUAAAGAUUGUUUCGUCAGCAAGUCGACAGGUGAGCGACGCUCAAAGAUCACAAGCUUUUUACCAGACAGCCAUUUGAUCGCCGCCCCAGUCACGGAAAAGAUGGCGUUGAAAAUCCAUGCUCCGCGCAGAAUACUGUUUACGGUGUUCUUGGCGAUGCUGUUUCCCGCGAAUCAAGCCGUAGACCCAGGUGUUGUCAUCAAAACUAAGCUAGGCGCCCUUCAGGGGCUAACUCAGGUAAUUCCAAACGCCCACGGGUCUGUAACAGCUAUCCAUAAAUUUCUGGGAAUUCCCUACGCUGCACCGCCAAUUGAUGAGCUACGGUUUGCGCCACCUCAACCGCACCCGGGAUGGGAAGGCGUCCGCCAAGCGACACAAUUUAGAAGCAUCUGUAUGCAGAUGAUACACCAUUACAAUGUUUCUAUCCGGCAGGCUUGGGAAGGAUUCGCGGAGGCUGAAGAAAACAUUGGGGAGGACUGCCUGUAUCUUAAUAUCUAUACACCCCACAAUGCAACGAUAUCUCGUCAGCGUUAUCCAGUGCUCGCCUACAUUCAUGGCGGAGGGUUUUUCGCUGGGACACCCGUACGCGUCGUGUCACCUGGGGAAUAUUUACCUACUCGUGGAAUCAUUCUUGUCAGUAUUCAAUAUCGCUUGGGCCCCUUUGGUUUCUUCUCAACUGGCGAUUCCACUGCACCAGGAAAUUAUGGAAUGUUGGAUCAAGUUGAAGCACUGAGAUGGAUCCAGGGGAACAUUGAAGCCUUUGGUGGCGAUCCUUCUAAGGUGACGCUUCUUGGCGAGAGCGCAGGAGGUGCUAGCGUUAAUCUUCAUCUUCUUUCGACCCUGUCAAAGGGUCUUUUUCAUCGAGUAAUAAGCGAGAGUGGAAGCGAUCUAUCCCCAUUUGCCUUCCACGCAGAAUCAGGUGUGACCGAGGCUUCGAUGAGGCUUGCUAAGGAGUUAAGCUGUGUUAAGGAAAAGAACCACAUGUUAGCGUGUCUCCGCUCAAAAUCAGCGCAAGAUAUCUUGAAAAAGGCACACGAUUUUUUGUUUUACUUCCCUGUAGUGGACAAACAUUUCCUGGAAGAUUCUCCAAUAAACCUCAGAAGGGCUGGAAAAUUUCAAAAAUUACCAACCAUUGCUGGGUUCGUGAGCGAUGAAGGUUCUUUCUUGCUGAACAAAUCCUUAUCAAAAUACAAUAACAAGAUUUUUAAAGAGAGCAUUGAAAAACAUAUAAUUAUUGGGAUGGGGCCUUCCAAAGACCAUAAGCCACUUAUAGUUGACGCUAUCGAAUUUCAGUACACCCACUGGCCAGGACAAAACAAUUCAGUGAAGAUUCGCCAAAGUAUUAUCGAUGCCCUGACAGACUACUACAUUGUGGCACCGACAUAUGCAAGCCUUCUCUACCAAAGCCAGGAAUCUCCAACAUGGCUCUAUGAGUUCCAGCAUCGUUCUGAUCACAGCCCCAAACAAGGCUGGGAAGGGGUAGCUCAUGGUGACAUCACAGCGUAUGUAUUUGGAGUUCCGCUUCUGAAUGGAUCUUCGCCACACCCUUACACUGAGGUCGACAGAAACAUCAGUGACUUCAUGGUAACAGUCUACACAAAUUUUGUCAAGUUUGGCAAUACAACACCGCAUCCUGUUCAUGGAAUCAAAUGGAGUCAAUUCCUUCCAAAUGACCAAAUGUAUCUCCGCGUGGAAGCCAACCCUGAGAUGUCAAAAGAUUUCAAGCCUUUAAAAGUUGCAUUUUGGAAUGAUUACCUGCCUGAACUCUCAAACUCUUUGUUAGAGAAACUCAGUAAAUGCUCAGGCCCGGACGUUAAGGCAACGCAAAGUCACAGCAGCUAUUUACACAAAGUUUCCCAUUGGCUCUUAUGUCUCAUGCUGUUUUGGGUAAAUAUUUGUUUCUUACUUUCGGUCAACUUCUUCUAAAAUCGGCAUUUAGCUAAACGCUAACAAAAUGGAUUGCCUCCAGCAUCCAAAAACUGAUAAGUAGAGAAAAUGGAGGCAAAAAUGUGAUUUUUGUUGCUUCAGGUGAGAUCGUCGGCAAACGUGAUUCGAGUCACAACCUAAACUAAUUUUUUAAUUUUUUUUAAUCGCGAAAAUAGAUAAUCUGCAUGUAAACAAAAACUUGGACAAUUUCGCAGGUUCGGAUCAAAUUUGUUGUCUGAUAUAGGAUAAUAUAGGAUAAAUUGUAAAGUAAGAAUUUCAUUGCAGUGCAAUUUUUUUUGGCAUCGCAAACGGUUAGGCAUAAAGACCAGGACAAGAGCAUUUCUUAGCAGCAUUUAAAGGAAGUUCGCCCGGCCAGGGGCAUGCAGGAAAAUUGAGAGUUCCCAUUACCGAAAUCACAAUUGAAAACAAAUAUCUCGGUUAUCUAGCGGAAAUUCAUUAAGCAUCUGUCGGGGGAAAGCAAAACACUCUAAUAAGGCAAACAGCUUGAAUCUGAUUAGCGUCAAAACGAUGAAAAUUGCCGCGUCACUAAACGAGACUUGCUAUGUAAAAAGGUUAAAUUAGUAUAUUAUCCUGUACAUUUAAUCAAAAUUAACAAGUUGGAAGUCAUACGAAUCGAUGAGGUACACAAAAGAUUGUUUUUUAUAAGUACAUUUUUCAAAACUUCAACGUAAAAUGCAGACAGAUCCUAAGAGAAAAACUAUAUAUAAACGAUGAAAGAAAAUUAUGUACAUGCUGUAAUAUCCAAUUCACUGCCAUCCAGUUUAACUUCGUGAUAAAACAAGUAUGAUAUCAUAUCUCACUUUUUGUAUUACAUCUGUUUUUUGAGUUUGUAAACGAGGAUUUGCAAACAAAAUUGAAGAGGUUUUGGUGCAAUAGAUAAAUUACUUAACAGUAUGUUUUUCUAGCAAUGGAGGAAAGAAAGCAAUACUGACAUAUACGGCCAGUUGCUUUUAGUGAGAGAAUCAAUUUAUCACAAGACCGAUUGUUAUAUGCAUUAGAGAAGAAUGUUUUCCAACGUAGUGAUCUAAGACUGAACGUGUUCUUCGUGCUAAGUCGAGUAGUUCAGAACGACCUUUUGUAGAAGAAAAAAGGCUUGUAAAACAUAAAAAUAGAAGGAAAAAACGCAUUCUUUUGCUUCCAGAACAUUCCGCAGAGCCUUUAAUUGAGCGUAAGUUGCUAAAUGCAAAACAUAUUGGGACACUUCAUUGAAACGAAAUAUUGCUUGUAAGGUCUUCUUUUACAUUCUGUAAUUUCUCUUGCGUACAUUCAUUUCCGCCGUCUUUGUACAACAAACAAGCAAAAGUCAAUUGUAAAUAUUUGCAAAAAAUGUUCGCUGGCUUCACUUGAAAAUAUACUAUACGAAACAUUCUAGGAAGAUAUUUUGCCUUAGUCAUUGUAUUACUGAUAAACGUAAUAUUUCAUUUUCAAUGCCAAACUAUUUGGCUUUACACAGCCUGUAACAGACUCAUUCUUGCAAGAGGUGAACAAGGCCUGAAAGCUUUGUGUUUUGUUUUCAUUUCGUUGAUAUAUGUUACUAGAUCGUCUGAAAACAAACUCUUCUUUUCUAGGGAGAAAUAAAGCAAGCCGAAA